GUUUGGAAUAGCCACCUGCCUACACUGGAUGAAAACUGUUGACUGAGGAGUACCACACCUUGGGAAACCCAAGACAGUGUUGCAUUCUAACUCUACUGUUUUCACCCAAGAUCCUCUUCUAUGAACAAAUUAGGAAUGCUUCUUUACCAGUUUCAUUACUGAACUCCUGGAAACCUUAAGAAGUUGAAUGAUCUCUACAGUCCUAAGAGACAGGAAGGAUCUCAUCAAGACCACAAGACUGCUUAAAAAGUCUACAAAAAUGCUGUUUAUGACAAACUGCAGUGUUCGAGAUCAGCUUCUCUCCUUCUAUGUGAAAAAUGUUUUCAGUCAUCUUGAGCUUCCAUGUGCUCCAUCCACAAGGUUAACUUCUGCAGUCAAAAAAUUAAGGAGAAUGUUUUUUAAGCUCGGAGAUAAGGGAAUCUCCAAGGCCAUACAUGAGCUGGACAUUCUCCUUCCCUGGAUUCAGACCUACAUACAAACCAUCGUAUGAAGAAUGAGGUGGUGACAGACAACAUGCUGCUGCUGUGCUAAAAACAGAUCCUUCCCAAAAGGCCUGAAAAUGAAUCAAGAGUCAGACGUGUAAUGUGUCUGUCAGUAACUGUGCCCUAUGAAAGGAGAUUCUCUGUAACACAGCAGCGUAAAGAGGGAUUUUCAUGAAUGUUCACAGUUAGCCUGGCACAGCAGCUAUGCCUGUUCUGCCUCUGGAGAAGCUACAGCAUGCUGCUGUCCUCAUCCUGCCUGCCGGCCUGCCAGCUGCCACACAGGCAGCGCCCGAACACAUCACACCAGCUUAACUUGGA